CAGUAUUUUUCUGUCUCGGUCGAGGCUUGGUUGUGUUUCGCGUUUUUUGUGUUAUUUAUUAUUUUGUGAAUGCCGUGUUGUGUUUCAUUUAUUAUAUUAUAUAUGUAUUAACACCAUAAAUCAUGCCGGUGUUCCAUACUAAGAUAAUCGAGAGCAUUUUAGAGCCGGUGGCUCAACAGGUCUCUCGUCUGGUGAUACUCCAUGAAGAAGCAGAAGAUGGCAACGCCAUGCCGGACCUGGCUCGGCCGGUGCAGGCCGUGUCGCUGGCUGUUAAUAACUUAGUCAAGGUGGGCCAUGAAACGAUCGAAUCGUCUGAUGAUGCAGUGCUUCGGACCGACAUGCCGGGUGCCUUGCGGAGAGUGGAAGGAGCGGCCACACUAUUACAGCAGGCUUCAGAUAUGCUCAGGGUAGAUCCUUACUCUGGACCUGCUAGGAAAAAACUCAUCGAAGGUUCCCGCGGUAUCCUUCAAGGGACAUCGGGUUUACUUCUCUGUUUCGACGAAUCGGAAGUUAGGAAAAUUGUCAAGGAAUGCAAAAAGGUGCUAGAUUAUCUAGGAGUCGCCGAAGUGAUAGAUACAAUGGAAGACCUGGUCCAGUUUUUGAGAGAUAUAUCACCUGCUUUAUCGAAGGCUGCUAGAGAGGUCGCGUCCAGAGCGGCGGAACUAACGCACCCCCCGCACGCGGAAACUCUCACUCGUUGCUUGGAGAGCGUUAAGCGGCUCGCUCCCGUCCUCAUCUGCUCGAUGAAGAUAUACAUACAUAUACUAUCUGAGGGUGGUAAAGGCAUUGAAGACGCCGCUGAAAAUAGAAACUAUUUAGCACAGCGUAUGGCUGACGAGAUACACGAAAUUAUACGAGUUCUUCAGCUAACAUCGUACGUAGAGGACGGAGGCGAGAAAGACAAUAUCGCUGUGCUGAAAGCGCUGCAAAGCAUGAUCCACAACAAGUCCGGAGCGGCGCACGAGUUCCUCAACGACGGCGGCGCGCAGCGCAACGGCGCGGGCGAGCGCGCGCUGCGCGGCGUGCUCACGGCCGCGCAGCGCGCCGCCGAGCAUCUGGCGCCCGCGCAGGCCGAGCUGCUGCGCGCCACGGCGCGUUCCGGCGGUAUUAACGCGGACAUGUUGUGCGAUGAACGUCAGUACGGACACGGGAUGGAGGCGAAGGCUCAAAAUCUCGCUUCGGAACUGCGCAACCAAAUAAACGAAGUGGAGAAUAUCGUGAAUGAGGGCGUCCGAGCGGCGGAGAAGCAGGGCGGCAAGACUAUAGCGGCCAGGCUAGAGACGGCCCAUAAGUGGUUAUUGCACCCAGCCGCUGACCCGUCAACCAGGAUCGAAGGGCAGAAGGCUAUCAACAGCAUCGUCUCUCAGGGACAAAGAAUCGCGGACAACCUGCACGGCCGCGAGAAGGCGGAGGUGCUGCAGCUGUGCGCCGACGUGCAGCGCCUGGCCGAGGAGCUGGCCGACCUCAGCCAGCGCGGCCUGGGCGACACCGAGGAGGCCGCCGCCGUCACCAGGCAAUUGACGGAUAAACUCCACGCGCUGAAGCGCGGUAUGGAGCGAGCCGUCGUUAACCGAGUCGUUGAAGACUUCAUCGACGUUGCGGCUCCUUUGAGACACUUCACUGAUGCCGUUAACGCACCGGAAGGUACUCCCGGUCGUGAGCAAAACUUCCAGGAGAAGUCAGCAGCUUUAGCGGCCUUUAGUCAUAAAGCUGCCGCCGCCGCGAGUAUGGUCGCUGCCGGCGUGCGACACAAUAAGAAGCUGGCUGACCAGCUCAUACACAAUGCUCAGGAGGUAGAAAAAUUGUCACCGCAAUUGAUCUGCGCUGGGAAGAUUCGUCUCCACUAUCCCGAGAGCAAGGUUGCCGAGGAACAUUUCAACAACCUUCGUGACCAGUACUCGGACGCGGUGCUUCGCUGCAGAGACCUGUGCGACCAGGCCGUGGAUCCACUGGACUUCGUACGGACCGCUGGUGAACUGAUGCAGAAGCACACGUAUCUCUGUGAAGACGCUAUCAGGAACAAUGACUCUCAGAAGAUGGUCGACAAUACCUCUGCCAUUGCUAGGCUGGCCAACCGCGUGCUGCUGGUGGGCGGCGCCGAGCGCGACAACACGGACGACGGCGAGUUCGCGGCCGCGCUGGCCGCCGCGCAGGCGCGUCUGCAGGCCGCCAUCCCGCCCGCCGUGCGCGCCGCCAAGCGCGUGGCGCUCGCCGACCCCGCCGCGCCGCCCGCCUGGCGCCACGCCAACGCAGAGAUCAUCGCGGGCGCCCGCGGCGUGGAGGAGGCGCUGUCGCGCAGCGGGGCGCCGGCGCCGCCCGCGCCGCCCGAGGCGCCGGGCGCGCGGGCGGCGCUGCGUGCGUCGGGCGCCGCGCCCCCGCGCCCCCCGCCGCCCGCGGCCGGCGCGCCGCCCCGCCCGCCGCCGCCCGACACCGACGACGAGGGCGAGGACAUCUUCCGCCGCCAGCCGCACCCCAGCCAGCCCAUCCUGGUGGCGGCGCACAACCUGCACAAGGCGGUGCGCGAGUGGUCGUCGAAGGACAACGAGAUCAUCGCGGCCGCCAAGCGCAUGGCCAUCCUCAUGGCGCGCCUCUCCGACCUCGUGCGCUCCGACUCCAAGGGCAGUAAACGUGAGCUGAUAGCAACAGCCAAGGCGAUCGCUGAAGCGUCGGAGGAAGUGACGCGUCUCGCCAAGAAGCUGGCUCUCGAGUGCACGGACAAGAGGAUUCGUACCAAUUUGCUGCAAGUAUGCGAAAGAAUCCCUACAAUUGGCACGCAGCUCAAGAUAUUGUCUACCGUCAAAGCGACCAUGCUAGGAGCUCAGGGUAGCGAAGAAGAUCAGGAAGCAACGGAAAUGUUGGUCGGCAACGCGCAAAACUUGAUGCAAAGUGUAAAAGAAACAGUGAAAGCGGCUGAAGGAGCCUCGAUCAAGAUUCGCACGGAGCAAGGCGCGUACCGCCUGCGCUGGGUGCGGCGCUCGCCCUGGUACCAGAUAUAGGCACGCUUACCCCGCAUACACACUGAAUUACUAAACAUACCAACAAGAAACGACAAUAGUACAAUUAUAAAUGAAAUUUUAUCAUACAUUUCUAAUAUCUAUAACACAAUAUGGCCGCUAGUGUCAAUUCCAAAGUUUGACGUUUACAACUGUCACCGAAUUUGUCGAAGAUGAUCAAACUCGGUUACUCUUAGAACAGUUUCAAUAAGAAAUAAGACCGUACCUUCUCCAAGUGACAAAAUCUGUGCUCUCUCGGCACAAAUAAAAGCCAAAAAAAAAGUAUUUUAAAAACAUUAAAAAUUAAUGACUCAUCAAGGUGACAUGAAAUUUUUAAGCGCCAUAAACGUUUCAUUCGAAAGUAAAAAACGUUAUAGAUAAACUAUAUACUUGUCGUAAUCUAUUAAUGUACUCUUUUACAGCAAUAUAAUUUUAUAUAAGCAAUAUAGUAUGGUAGCUAUAACAACACAUGUAUGGCAUUAACGUUCUUGCGAAUGUGUAGGACAGUCUUUAUGUUCCAUUUUUACAUCAAAGUAUAUUUUAUUCAAGGAGGUCCUUACACAUUUGACGUAAAGUUACCUUUGAAAUGUAUUUACCGAAAAACCCCCAAGAAACUCGAUAGUUACUAUUAUAAUAUAAAAAUUACACCUAAAAGGCUACACGGCAUAAAAAUUUGAUAUGUAGGCCUAAAUAUUUUGAAUGGGUUUGCAUGACAUAAGAUGUUAUUGGAUGAUGUAAAUUUUACAUGGACAAUAAAAUGGCAACACAACGGUUAAUGAGAAAUCCUAAAACUUAAAAUUCAAUGCCGCAUCUAGCACGGGUUAUGAUUCUCGCUUUGUACAUUCUUGUCGUGAGCUGAUGGGUAUUCUGUCGCCUACCUUAUCUAUAUUCGUUUUUAGACUAUCCACAAUUCCUUAUACACAUAUGUGUGACUUGUGUGCUCACUUAUACUGUUAUAAAUUUUGUGAGAUUAAAGUUUCUUUGAUCAAUCAAUAUUAUCCGUUUGUUUUGUAUAUCAAUAAUUAUUCUUUUUUUAUAUAUAUAAUUUCUUGUAUUGAUGUUCAUUGAAUCAUGAUUCAUAUUCAAAAGGUCAAGUUAUCAAUACACAAAGUUCUACCAUCGAGGAUAUUGCCCGAAGUGAGUUGAUAAAAGCGAGGUUUAAAGGCCGGCAACGCACCUGUAACCCCCCUGGUGUUGCAGAUGUCCAUGGGCGGUGGUAAUCACUUUCCAUCAGGUGAUCCUCAUGCUCGUUUGCCGCCUAUAUCAUAA